AGGCCGACAGGCGAAUUUGGGUAGUGUGAUUGCAGAAGAGGCAAGACCUAACACCGGACGUUCAGUUCGCCCAUAAACUACAUGUAAAAGUUCACAAAUUUGUCCGAGAUCGAAAUGGCAGAAAACAGUGGCUAUGACAGUGAUGUAGAGGGGAUUAAUGAGAAAUCGCCCCUACUGUCGAGCGGUGUUCCAAGGGGAGUGAACGGUGAUUAUGAUGUCGAGUACGCCGGUCAGUUGACUGGUUGCGGAGCUUGGAGAAUAUGCGAUCCUCGAAGCCUGUGGCACCGGUACACGUUCAUUCUUGUGCUCACAUGUCUUCUCAGUUUUGGAAGUUACUACUGUUACGACACACCUGCUGCCUUGGAAGAGCAGAUAAAGGAAGAUUUGCAAAUAGAUACGUCUGCUUAUGUGUUGCUGUAUUCGCUCUACUCAUGGCCAAAUGUUGUACUUUGUUUCUUUGGAGGAUUUCUGAUAGACAGAGUUUUUGGCAUCAGAAUUGGAACACUUGUUUUUGGUGGUUUCGUUCUUGUUGGACAGCUGAUCUUCUCAUUGGGAGCUCUGUUUGACAACUGGAUCUGCAUGGUGGCAGGGCGAUUUGUUUUUGGACUUGGUGGGGAGAAUUUAGCUGUCGCUCAGAAUACCUACGCAGUCACAUGGUUCAAGGAGAAAGAGUUAAACAUGGUGUUUGGCUUACAGCUGAGCUUCUCCAGAAUUGGCAGUACACUGAAUAUGAAUGUCAACAAGCCGAUUUACGACUCCAUCAACCCUGACCUGGUUGGAUACAAACGCCUUGGUUACACUCUUCUUGUUGGUGUGGCAAUGUGUGUAUUUUCUGUCAUUUGUGGGAUCAUUAUCGGUAUCCUUGACUACCGAGCGGAGAAAAUACUGAACAGGAAGCAAGCCGGCACAGGUGAGGUGAUUAAGAUCCGUGAUGUCAAGGAUUUCCCGGCCAGUCUCUGGCUCAUCUUCCUCAUCUGUGUCUUUUACUAUGUCACGGUCUUUCCAUUUAUCGGCAUUGGAGUGGUCUUCUUCUCAGAGAAGUACGGACUGGUUCCGGCUGAAGCAAACAUCGUCAACAGUCUGGUGUACUUCAUCUCAGCUGGGGCUUCCCCGGUGUUUGGCUUUGUUGUUGACAAGACGGGACGGAAUAUCUUCUGGGUGAUCUUAGGCACGAUUAUCACGCUCGGCUGCCACUUAACCUUAGCGUUCACCUUCAUCACUCCAUUUUUGGUCAUGAGUAUCAUGGGACUAGCUUAUUCCAUCUUGGCCUGUGCCCUUUGGCCACUGGUGGCUUUCAUUAUGCCAGAACACCAACUUGGCACAUCCUAUGGAUUUAUGCAGUCCAUACAGAACCUUGGUCUAGCCGUUGUGACGAUCAUCAUUGGCGUCAUUGUUGAUGGAAGCGGCUAUCUAAUUUUGGAAGUCUUCAUGUGUGCAAUGUUGUGCGUGGCUAUUAUCUUCUGCGUCCUACUAUAUCUCAUUGACACCUCGCGAAGAUUGGGUUUGAAUCUGUCAGCCAAGGAACGCAAACAGAUCAAAGAGGCCAAGCAGAGAGAGAGGGAGAUGCAGAGCGAAUGCGAAAAAGACAAAUAGACCAGGCUCACUUCAUCAUGGAUCUGCCAUGUACCUGAUGGAAAGUGAUUUCAUUUUAGCAAUCAGCUAUUAACCCUAACAGUCCCAAAUCUUCCAAUUUCAAUACAAUUUUACAUACAUCCUAGGGGGUUAGGGUUAAUUAUAUCUAGGUAGUAAAAGACAUUCACAUUUAAGGCUCUUUGGUUGUGCAUUCUCACAUGAAAAUGAAACACGUCUCAUUUCUCAAAAAGAAGUUCCUGAGUUGAUGUGCAACCAAAUGCCCCCAGCCAGCUAGUGGGCCUGGAAGUCAUAAUUUUGGAAAGAAAUAGUAGGCUGCAUCAGAAAGUUGGGCUACGGCUAACUUUAAUACCAGCACCAGUAGACCUCUAUUGUUGAUCGGCCAUCUUGCUUUUCUACCAUUGAAACCAAUGUAACCAAACUGAGGCUGGAAGGGAAAAUAGUCUGUUUGCUUUAUCAGUAGGUGAAGUUGUAUUACUAUUGCCAAUGGGUCUACAGGGGAUAAGACAAACGUACAGAGAAGACAAUCGCCGUAUUUGCUUCCAAUUAAAUGUGUACGUUAUUGCCACUCACAGCCUGGACUGUUAGACACAUUGUAACUGAGCUGAUUAAUCUUGGAGUACUCAGCAAUUUAAACUAUUAAUUUUUUUUGUACCACUGACUUGUGUAAUCCAAGGGGACUCCAUCAUUGCGAUGGUACCAGGGUAGGCCUUGAACAAGCCCUUGUACUCCAAAGGUUAGCAGACCUCAGUCUAAACUAAUUAUGACAGGGCUCCACCUUUCUCAAUCUUGCAAAUUUCUCCAAAAUUUGUUGGAUUUUGAAGGGUCUGGGAAGGUUAGUGUUGAAAAGAGUACAGUUCAGUAAUUAAAGGAAAAGUCCAACCUUCUUUACGGCACUAUGCUUUGCCUGCAUCUUGCUGAAAUUUCUGCCUAUUUAUCACUUUGGUUGGAUUAAUUUGUAGUUGAUCAUUAAUUAUGAAAAAGAAAUGAUUAUGUAAAUAAGUAUAUAAAUUUCCAAAUAAGUUAAGACAUAGAAAUUUUUUUCUGCAAUUUCAUUUCCAUUAUGCACUUUAAAUUGCAGCAGGUUGAUUUUCAAAGUAGGAGGCCAAAUAGGCCAUUAAUAGACUAAUCCGUUAAGCUCUGCCCCAAUAUAGGACCUGCUCCCCUCCACCAGCAUGUACUACAUGCAGGAGUCUACUUUACCCAAACUUAGGUUUUCAACAGAUUCAAGUUGCGUGAUAUAGUUGGUACUUCAGAUGAAGACUUACUCAGAAUCAGUCUGGUCAUGUCUGAAGUGAAUAGACCAAUUGCACCUGUUAAGUCACAUGAUCAAUAGUGGGUAUUAGACAUCAACAAACAGGGCGUGCACCAAAAGAAAAUUGUUUCAUAAGUAUCAUUCACCAAACAUAAAGCAGACGGAACCUACUGUGCUCAGACAACUGAUGUGCUGGGUAAAUACCGUAAAUCGGCUUUAUUGUUAGUAAAUAACACUCAAAACACACUUUGCUAUACCCACAGUAGGUCACUUGACUUAGCAGGUGCAAUCGGUCUAUUAACUGGCUGCAGGUAGGGUGACAUACAAGUUUAUGGAAAUUGGCCAUAGCUGCUAGCAAGAUGUUACUGUAAGCGGACAUCAUUUCUAGCUGUUACCAUAACAGGCAGUCAAAGCUUCAGUGUAGAAAAAUAAUAAAUUGACCACAUGUAUAUGUGUAAAUACCCCGAACUGAUGGCAGAAGGGUUGAUUCCAAUAAAUUGAACAAUUUAGAGACAUCCGAAUGGUGUUAAUGUGGCAAUCAAGUCAAACAAGAUACUUGGUCUCCAGUUCUUUUUCAUCAUAAUUUAAAACUGUGGAAGUGUUCCAAAAAGGUUGUGAAGUUCUCCACCCAGCAAGGCCAAGUCCAAUUCUUGUUUCAUUUGUUUGUUUUUCUGAUUAGUUGAUUCCUGCAUUGUAAGGCUGUGCUUGCUUUAUUGACUUUAGCUUCAAAAGGAAAUAUAUUUUUGUAAAAUUAUUUUGGUUAGCAACUUAGAAGUCUUGUGCUGCUGUGUUUUUACAGCGAAUUUGUUGAUAAAUGAGUUUCUUGUGAUUUGCAAGAAUUCAGUCCAAGUUUCGUAUAUCAUGGACAUUUUGUGAAAAUAUUUCACCCUAUUAUGAAAUUCAGAACACAUUAAAUAAAAGUAUCCUGCGAUACAUUAUUGCCAUGGGCAUCCUUU